GCUCCCGGGAAAGGUUCCACUCCUCGGGGAUAGAGGGUUGAGUUUUGUAUGCUUCCAUCCCAUUCUGCAAGACGCUAAAGGCCUCUCAUCAACCUCUCCUGUGUCCAGGAACACCUCCAUAGUAAUCAUUUCGUUUAUUUUGUCUUCUGGAGCUGGAGCGCAUUGCCAGAAGUGGUCGAUUCAACUGAAGCUUUUUUGUUGUUGUUGUAAAUGCUUGUUGUAAUGAUGACUCCAGCUUGAGGAGCCAUCACCAAAAACAAAAAAAGUUUUCUUCAAACGCAUUUCGAAUAAAAAAUAGAAUAAAACAGAAGCAACUACAACCAUAUCCUGCUAUUUGAACGACUUCUUCAACGACUAGGAUCACGUCCCAACCAGCUACCGAGAUAGACUACAGUAACCCACUCUGUGAAUUGUUCAUGUCGUGCCAACACAGGACGGGCUCAAGGAGACAGGACUUGUGAACUCAACUGGGACUUUUGUUUCGUUCUACACGUUUUAACUACAACAAACUUAUUUUACUGUUAUUUGUUCAACCACCAAGAAGGAAAGAUUGCUCUUCAACAACUACCUUCCUAUUAUUCUCAUUUGGCUGGAGCGGGUUUGUACGAAACUGUUUUAAUGUUUGGAAUUCAGGAAAAUAUAGGCUUACCUAGAGGGGGGACGACUAUGAAAGAGGAACCGCUGGGCAGCGGGAUGAACUCGGUCCGCUCGUGGAUGCACACAUCUGGGGUAGUGGAUGCGAACACAGCCGCCCAAAGCGGUGUGGGUUUGGCUCGGGCACACUACGAGAAGCAACCACCGUCCAACCUCAGAAAAUCCAACUUUUUCCACUUCGUUCUUGCGCUGUAUGACAGACAAGGACAGCCGGUGGAGAUCGAACGGACAGCUUAUGUGGACUUUGUGGAGAAGGACAAAGAACCAAACAGUGAAAAAACUAACAAUGGGAUACACUACAAACUACAGUUACUGUACAGCAACGGUGUCAGAACAGAACAGGAUCUUUUCGUACGAUUAAUCGAUUCCAUGACAAAACAGGCUAUUAUCUAUGAAGGUCAAGACAAAAACCCAGAGAUGUGCCGAGUGCUUCUCACACACGAAAUCAUGUGCAGUCGGUGUUGUGAUAAGAAGAGUUGUGGCAACAGGAACGAGACUCCUUCAGACCCCGUUAUCAUCGACAGGUAAGAAACAGACCCGCUGUUCGGUACAGAUCUUUUCUCUACUCUGGUUUAGUCG